AUGCUUCCCCGAUGUGGAAUUCGUCGACGUACUGCCUUUCUGACAGAUGUGGAAGGUGACUUAUCGUACUUUAUUCGUUACACAGAGUUAAGUAAAGUAGUCACGUGGAGUAAUGGAGCUCUUGCUUUUCGUGAUAACACCUCUCAUUUCGUAUAUGGGGGUGAUGUUUUUGAUCGUGGCGAUGACCUUGGAUUUUCUAAGGCACUGAUAAAAUUUUAUGAUACCCACCCGACACGUGUACAUCUUAUUUUAGGUAAUCGUGAUAUUAAUAAAAUGGUCUUUGGUCUCACAAUGAGACAGAUGUUGGAGGAGGCGCAGUUGUCGCCCGAGAUGGCACAACGUCUUCUCUUUCCUAUCACUUUGGCCAAUUAUUCCGGUGAAGGUAAAAAAUUUUUGUCGUAUCCAGAGUAUUUGAGAGAAAAAGGUUUACCUCCUAAAAUGAGCAAAACUACCUUUGUUCAAUGGGCACUUACUUAUAAAAUGGGGGCUGCAUCAACUUUUAAAUAUAGACUUAGAGAACUGAAACAAGAACGAGGAGAUAAUGUAACUGAUGAGGAUGUAGCUCAAAGUUUUCUUGAUGCUGCUUCUCCUGGUGGGGUAUAUUAUGAAUAUUUAAAGCGAGGAAAAAUAGCAGAUAUUGUGGAUGGAGCUCUAUUUGUUCACGGAAUUGUAGCUAAUUUAAAUGUUGGUUUUGUUCCAUCAAAGCAGAGUUUUAUAGAAAAUGAACCAGUACAAGGGUGUAACUUUAUGACAAAUUGUGGUUCUGCUGAAGAAUGGGUUAAUGCUUUGAAUAAUUUUAAGGAAGAGGGAUUUAGAGAAUGGGGAUCAGGUGGAAGCGGAAUAUUCCUGCGUCAAUAUGCCUAUCCAGUAUCUGUUGUCCCGUAUUCUGUUGUUGUGCAGUCUCUUGUGGGACUUAAUGGUCCGAAAUAUUUGGAACUUGAUGCGGUGGAAUUUCUUAAUAGGAGUGGGGUAACGACAGUUUGUGGUGGUCAUAAGCCUUCUGGUGAUUCUCCAAGCAUUGUGCAACAACCUGGACUUAUUUCUCUCGCAGCAGAUAAUUCAUACUGUGGUGGGGAUGGAACUCGUGGAGCCAGCUGUAUGGAGGUUCUUAUUGAAGAGGAUGGUGCAGUUCGUGUACAUGGGUUGCGCGCUGAUGGUGCACCGUAUGACUUUGAAGCCACAGGGCGAUUAUUAGGUCGUCAUCUAGGAGGUGGAUGGUGGGUUAAGUUAAAGCUGUCGGAUAACCUCUAUGAGGCUCAGCGAACGUAUGAUGGUUAUCGAAGUAAAGAGGUUCAACUACUCACUGCAGAUGAAGUGGAAAAGCGUCUGUCUGAAUGGAAUCAGCCUCCAAUCGGUGGAGAAGCCCCCAAACGUUGGAGUGAGAAAGAGCUAGCUCCUAGACCUAAGGUGUUGAAAACCAAGCGAUCACCACACUCUGGGGAUGGGUAA